AAAUGGAGUGUAAUAUUGAUGAUUUGCCAGAUGUUGUAUUAGAAUAUAUUUUAAGUUUAAUUCCACCAUACAAGAAUCUUCAAGAAUGUAAACUUGUAUCCAAAAGAUGGUUUCGUGCCACCAAAAAUUGGUUUCAAAUGUUAAUAUAACCAUAAUUGUGUUUCAUCAUAAUAAAAUUUGAAAUUGGUCUAAUAUUUGUAUAACAUAUACAUAAAAAUUUCUCUAUGAUGUAAUACAACACAAUAAAACACAUUUUCAUAAGUCUGUGGCUUACGGAUCAUUGCUUUGGAGUUCAUGGCCAUCCAAACACUGGAUGCCUACAAUUGCAAAGAGACAUUCACAUUCUGCUUGUACAUAUGAAAACUCUAUGUAUGUUUUUGGUGGAUGUACUGCUACGUGCACAACAUUCAAUGAUUUAUGGAGAUUAGAUUUGGAUACAAGGAAAUGGGUCAGAUUAAUUACAAUGGGAACUUAUCCAUCUCCAAAAGCUUGUGCUACUAUGUUGUAUUACAAAAAGAGUUUCAUUUUAUUUGGUGGCUGGUCCCACCCAGCGCUAUAUUCUGUUCACCAGCAAUCAAGGUUAUUCAAUGAAUUACAUGUGUAUUCUAUAGAAUCCAAUAAAUGGAUUGCUAUAAACACCUUGGAAACACCUCCACCUACUUCAGCACAUUCUGCAUCAAUUCACAAAAAUUGUAUGAUUGUUUUUGGUGGUAUAUGUAAUGGAUAUAGAUCCAAUGAUGUAUGGUGUUUAAAUUUGGAUUCCUAUAGUUGGCAUAAGCAAGCUACUUCGAAUUUGAAACCACAACCACGUUAUGGUCAGUCUCAGAUUGAGCUUGGAGAUAAACAUCUCCUUAUAUUAGGUGGUUGCACUGGACCUAAUGUUGCUAUGAACGAUGCUUGGUUAUUGAAAAUGGAAGGUACAGCAUGGACGUGGAAAAAAGUAAACAUGCACAAUACUGAAUGGGCUCCAACACGUAUUUGGUGCCACCAGGCUUGUAAGGUAGGAAAUCAUGUUAUUGUUCUUAGUAUAAAUAAGUGUCAGAAUAAGCCAAACGAUAUGAGUAUAUCGCUCAAGAAAGUGACUUGCCAAGCAGCACCUUCAUCAAGAACAAAUAAUUCAUCUCCAUUACAUGCAAGACAAGGGAGUGUAUCUCAUAUUGAUAGAGACGUAAACAUUAAUGGACGACAUGGAUCUUUUUCAGAAAUAUCUGUACAAAAUCCACGUCCUUCACAUCAUCUACCUAAUUUUACGAAGAAUUUAACUUUAUGUUAUGAUAAUAUGUUAAGUAUGACCGCCUUUCGCAACGAACCAGUGCGUUAUGACAUUAACAGUCAUCGACAACGACAAUUAGAAUCUCUUCGUAGAAUGGAAGAAAGUAUUAGAAAUCGAAGAACGCAAUCAAAAUCUGCAAAGAAAACAAGAAAUACGUUAUCCAUAUUUGUGUUAGACAUUACGAAUGUUUUAUGCGAUGAAUGUAGUGCUUCGUGGAUUCCUUUAAAACACAGUGAUCAGUCAGGUCCUAACGAAAGAAUUCUUUAUUCACUCGUAGCUGGUCGUGGUGAAUUAAUAGUGUUUGGAGGUAUUGCUAAAGAAUAUAUACAAAGCCAUCCUGAUAUGGAUGAGCCUGAAGUCUACAAUGAUCUCCAUUUUAUAAAUCCACCAAGAUAUGUUAUUUAAUAUUUUGUAGAAUAAUAAAUAAUACACUUUUAUGUUCGAUAAAAGAUAA